AUGGCCUAUCUCGACAAGACCACUCGCUUCCUUUCCAACAAGGAAAACGUUAUCAAGCUCAACCCAAGCAAGUGUUUGAUGAGGGCGUUCAAGGAGAUCAGAGGGGAAGGGAUGAAGAUGAUGGGAACCAUGCACGCCCUCCUCCUCCUCAAAUUCUCCCUCCAGCAGAACAUUCGCCACCUCCAACGAAGCUUGAAGACCGACAACUUGGGAGGAGAGUGGCAGAAGAUGGACGAUUGA